AUGGCUACUCCCAGUGUCCUUACCUUUGAUACUGAGGGUCGUGCUGUUGACUUUGGGGUCUGGGUCGAUGACCUCCAGCUGUUCUUACAGUGCGAUAGGGCAGAUGGACUCUCACUGUUCGAUCUCACCUCUGGUGUCUCUCCUGCCCCGCCUGCUACUGCUGACAGCACUGUUCGCUCACAGUGGGCCACGCGCAAUGCUGCUGCACGUCUUGCUGUGCGUCGCCACUUAUCGACCACUGAGCUCACCCGGCUCCCUGACUCCCUUCGCUUAGUCAGGGACCACUUCCUCUCAAUUUGCCCCACCGCACUCACCGUUGACCUCCUCGAGGAGCGCCUCCUAGCAGCAGAGAAGAGCAUAGUCGCUGUAGGACCCUCUCGUGGUGACCCUCGCACCCCCGUCUUUGAGGGGUGUUCUCCCUCCCCCCUCUUGCCCUCUGUUGCUUCUGCUGCUGCGGCCGACCUCGUUGGCUUCGAGUUGGUCGGCGCUGCGUCUGUCCCUAGCGGGAAGCGCCGCACCAGCAAGGGCAAGCGGGGCAAGGGCGCUGGGGGGGCCAGUAGGGGCGGUGGAAGUGGUGGUGGAGGCAGUGGAGGGGGUGGGAGUGGUGGUGGGAGUGGUGGCGGGGGUGGAGGUGUCGCUUGCAGCAGUGGAGGCGAAGGAGGCGGCGGUGGUGGCGGAGGGAGCGGAGGCGGCAGUGGUGGCGGAGGCGGCGGAGGUGGCGGAGGCGGCGGAGGUGGCGGUGGAGCUAGUCGCGGCUCUGCGCAGAGGAGUGGCUCCGGUGGUGGUCCGCGCCAGCAGCAGCAGCGCGGUCGUGAGACCCUGUCCCCUCAGCAGCUUCGUGAGUAG